ACAAGAAAUAGCCCUCAAAAUGUAGAGAUGGAAUACAAUCCUCACUUUAUCAACAAAAAGCAGAUAACAACUUAUGUAGUGAAUUUACAACCUGCAAAUAUGGAAUGGAGAAUCAGUAAUUCAGCCCCAUCUGGAUCUGACAAUUUACACAAAUGCCUUUCACAGUGGUUGGGAAGUAGUUCUGAAAAACUAUCUCAUUUCAGAAAGAUAAUCAUUACAAGAGCAUCAACUAUACAUAAAUGCUCCUCUAUAAGUAUUGGCAGUACUACAAAUAUUCAAAAAAGUAAAAAAUCCUACAAGAAAACAUGUAAGGAUAAUGUUUGA